AUGGAGUCGCGACACGAGUACGAGGCAGUGAACUGCCUCAUAUCUCUCACCAAGAGCCGCAGUGUAGAGACGGAUCUCACAAUAAUAAAAAAAAUACACAAGCUCAUAAAAAAAAACAAAAUAACUUCCCACAUAAACCUUUUCGGCGUGGCAGAAAAUGUAUUCGCUAGCAUAGCAUCCAUCUUAUGUAACAAGGUCAGAGUAGCUCUUUACCUUCUAAGAUGCAAAACAGAUGACUCCCUUGUUGAGGAUACACCUGUGCAUGAAGCUAUGGGGGGGAAUAGCCCCCCCCUUAGUGACUACUUAAGAGGGUACGACAUGUGUAGCAGUGAGAGGUGCCGCCUAACCAUUGAGUAUUAUAUAAAGUUGCUCUCUUUUUGCUUUACGAAAAUGGACACAAGGGAUAGACAAAUCUUCUUCGCCAACCUGAAUAAUCUUUCCAUGUUGCUUACAAUCGAUUUGAAAGAAGCGCAGAGCUCCAGCGAGGCCUUCCAAGUGGCAGUGAUCCAAUACGCCAAAAAACUCUUCCUGAAAAUUUACCCCCAUGAUAUGUUCCAUCACCUACACGAAGGUGACAUAGCAAAUGUUCAACAGGCGGUAGGGAAUUCCACACACCAUAAAUCGGAGGAAAGGAAAAAAGACCUGGACGCAUUCUUGUGCCUUAUGAAGGUCAUCCAAACAAUUUUGCAAAAUGUAAUUCAAAAAAAAAAAAAAAUUAAAUUAAAAAAUCUCAAGUUAUUAUUUAUCAUCCUGAAAAAGAUAAACAAUAAUGUCCUCAUUUUAAAAAAAUGUUUUGGAGCCAUCAGCCUAAAUCUCUUCCUCCUUUAUCGAACCUGCUAUGUGAAGGAUAUUCAAAAGUUCAUUGUAAAAAUUUUUUCCAUGUGCGUCGACAAAAUGUUGCUUUUUUGCCUGAACGGUCAGGUGGAAUUGGGACAAACCAAGUUCGGAGGGGACUACAAAUGGGGUACGCCGCCCACUUGUGGAAGUGAACAGGGAUGUAUUUCCCCUCUGCAAAGUUUGGAAACCCUACCCACAAUGGGCUCUUCCGCUCCCUUUGUUGGAGAGCACCCCCACGGGGCACCUGGCCCCCCGGGAAAGACCCAAUUGGGCCAACUGCUAGGCAAAGCGCGUCACACCCCACCAUACAAUACACCCAUGGACGAAUCGAGCGAAGACAAAACGAUCAUCGCCAACAUCUACUUCAUCUGUUACUACGUUCUCACAAACUAUGAGGACGAGAUUGUUGCAGAGGUUACCCACCUGUGCAAAAUUAUAAUCAACUAUUGGUACCUCCUGCACAAGAACUUGGUUCUCAUGGGGUACUUUGUCCUUGUGUCUGAACUUUUUUCUGAGGCAGGCGAUUCUUUUGCGGCUCGGUUAGAGCUCCUCCUGGGCAGUAAACGCUUCGCCCACCUGUUGCAUGUUCACAAGUUAAGCGUUUCUCUGUGGCGUGGUGAGCAGCAGGGCGGAGGUAAGAGCAGCCACUCAGUAACCGUUCCACCUAGUGCACCAGUUAACGGUUCACGUAACUGCGCACGUAACGCUUCACGUAACGCUCUACGUAACGGUGCAGGAGUCAACCAACCCGGUGAGCCGCGUACCCCCCAGGAAGCCACUCUUCAUGACGAUCUCCACGCCAUCUUCACAAAUCUCAUCACGUCGCUGCAGCCAGAUGAGCACCCCCUUAUCCGCCUCGACCCUGAAGCCAAUUGCACCCUGGAACAGUUAAACAAAAAUAUGGGUACCUACUACUUCAAACACCUCUAUAACAUUUUCAUGUGCAGAAGACAAAACGAAGUAUGCCUUCUUCGGUUUAUGAAGGGCUAUCUGUACUUCCACUUUAUCAACAGACAAACAGAAAAAGUGCCACUUGUUAGAGAAUACUUUUGUGUAAAUUAUUUUCUCUCCCUGUACGAGAUGUCCAAUGUGGCUUGUGUGAAUAAGGGGACUUAUCUCCCCCAAUGCGAUUCCUCCACCAUCCUGAGCGAGGACAACUCAUUAUAUUCUUUAAAUGUAUAUGAACAGCUAGCUGAUGGGAGAAGCUAUUGUUCAGGUGAAAAGUCAAACAGGACUCAAAUCAGAUUUUCUCAUUUUCGAAACAUCAAGGAUGGUUUCAGGUUGCAGGACGUGGGACUCAUCGGCGAGGUCAGCAUCCUGUUCUUCCUCCUCACGAACGAAAACGAACUGGAGAACCACCUGAACCAAGUCAUGUACACAGUGUGGGACAACUGCAGAAGAGAGGGCACUAGAAGGGGCACAAAAAGUGAAGAGCUCGUUUUAACGAACAAGUGGUGGAAGCAGAUACAUUCCUUUACCAACUCUAUCAAUUGGGCAAAUGCAAAAAAAUCACCAGAGGAGAUAUGUAGCACAUCUGAAACAGACUCGACAAGAGACAUCACCCCCACGGAUGAUGGAGGCAGGGAAGGAGAGGAGCAGCCCCCCCUUAAGCGAAAAUGCAAGUGCCUCCACUUUAUUAACUUUUAUAUGGACGCCCUCAUAGUGAUGUUGUGCACACAUGCGAGAGUUCAUUUGGAAGGAAGAAGUGAAGCGGAGACAAUACCAGUCAUGUCUCACAACCAACCCGUUUCUAAAUGGGCACUACAGAACGACCUGGUCAAAGAAGUCCUGCAAGAAUACAACAACCUCUAUAAGAGCUACUUUUAUUUAGCCCUUCAAAUGAAAUUGUCUCAGGGGACUCCUAACUUAAGGAUGACGAUGGAGAAGGUAUUUUUGUUCCUGACGUCCAAGAGGGUGAAAAAGGCGCAUCAUGUGGACGCGGCGGGUGAAGGAGGUCAUAGGAAAGGGGCCGAUGAGGUAGACCUGAGCCAGUACUACCUCUCCCUCCUGCUAAUAUGCAUAAACAAGUGCUUCUGCGUGUCAUCCCUGUGUGGGUACCAAGACUUGAUGGAAAAAUAUUUCUGUAAAAUUUUUUUUUUUUUCUUGUUAAACGUGAGUAACCCCUGUUCAUAUGUGAGGGAGCUGGUCGAGUACACAAUACGCAAUGUCCACCUGUGUCGCCAUGAGGGAGUGGGUAGCGAAGUGGGGGCACCCAAUGACAACUGCAUCUCUGCACAGGCGGGGAAGACGCACCUUCUGUGCGUCCCAGCCCACGGUAGCAGCAUGGUGGAAGCAAUUCACCUGGACACAGCCUCUGUCGCUAAACCCGUCGACUCCAAGCCUACUGAUGAUAUGGCCAAUCGAGAUCCCGCCCCCCAGGUGGACCGCAUGGAGGACAUUCUAAACCAGAACAGCGAAGCUAUAUCAUCCUACGUGUAUAAAAAAUUAAUCAACAUGGAUUCAGUUCACAGCUGCAGAAAAAUUUCUACUCUAACGCAAUUCCUCGUGAGGCACCACUAUUACCAUAUUUACAUUUUCAAAGACAUUUGCGUCCACAUGAUAAAAUACGCAAGGAGGAUGCAGUUCCUUCAUUUGGAGCGACAGAGGAAAAACGAAAUGGCGGUGCUCAUGUUGAACGUUUUUAAUUAUGUCCUUUACUUGUUUUAUGAACAUAUAAGUCGGAAGAGAGUGGAGCUGUGUGUGCGGGGCAACUACGUGGCGCAGGUCAAGAGGCGGCUCCUGCGCGGGGACACGCGCGUGAAUUUUGCUCACCUCAGAGGGGCAGUUGGGAAGAGUUGCAACAGGGGCGACGACAUGACUGAAGACAGCGUUGACAAAAGCGGUGGUAGAAAUGGACACCCAACUGUACCGCUUCGCGAACCGCUUCGCGAACCGCUUCGCGAAUCGAUCCGCUCCACGCAUGGCAAAGGGACCCUCCACAGCAUACUCCACAGACACGCUGAGCAAAAAAAAAAAAAAAAGCUAUUUCUACACAACUCACUCUUAUUCAAAUUUCACCAAGACCUCAUCAAUGUGGUCCACUUGGACACAGUAAGCAGCGAAGAGGCCAAGGCGGACUGCUAUAAUAAAAUAGAAGAACACAUGAAAAGUAUUAUGAACAAGGCAAGGGAAAACAUUUCAUGUGAGAGGCUUGUCAAUAUCCUUGUGGACGAUGACUUCUACGCUUUGUAUGAAGAACAAGAUGGGAGGAACACCAGUGCACGAAGUAACCCUAACGGGGACUCUACAAAGGAUCUUAAGGACAAUAUUUACUUCAAUGUAAGGAAGUACCAACAGGAGGUUCAUUACCCCGACAUCAGACACACGGCAGAGUAUAUUUUCCAUUUUGCAAAAAAGUUUCUUUGUCAUGAGGACGUAUACGUGCGAUGUAGUGCCCACCUCUGCGUUCUACGAUGCCUCUUCAUUUUUUCAACGCGACUGUAUGAGUUGUACCCAAAGAUAUACCAACUGUGGGAGUACGUAAAAAUCAACUUCAGAAAAAACGAGUACAUGAACGACAUAGUCCUUUUGAACAUAAUUAAUUACGUGGCAACCAUCGAUGAUAAAUUCUCCCCAAAUCUCAUCCUUAGUGACAUCAUACCGGAGCUUUUCCGAAAAAUGGACAAGCUCGAAAUGGGAAGAGAGAUGUCCAAGCAGAGCUUCGAGUACAGGUUCCUCCUCAACGCAAUGCUACUCCUCGUGAACGUGUCCAAGGAGGAAAGCUGUUUCGAACAUGUUCACCCCUUUGUCAGCCAUUUUUGCCUAAAGUGUCUGCGCGAUGGAGUGGACGAUCAGAUUAAGAGGCUCGCCCUAAAUAUUAUUUGCAACUUCUUCCUCAUUGAUAUUCCAAAGAUAAGCCGAGCAAUACAAAACCUGCGCGUCGUUAAAGAGCGGAUCGACCAAACGUGUGGAAGCAAUGCAACGAACGAGGAAAAAUUACAUGUCCUGUUUGGGGGCAGUAUCGUAAAGGACAUUUGCAUAGAGCAGCCGUUACUAUUCCUUUCUUGUUUUCUUCAAGUGCAAAAUCUGAGGGAUGUCCUUACCUUAGUAUUUCAUGUCGACCACAGGAUGGUUAAUUUUUUGUUAAUUUAUUUUGAAUUCCUGAAAAUGAAAUACAAAUAUAAAUGUGGCCUGCAUCAGCACUGCCUCAUCGUGUCCAGUCACUUCUUAGGUGGCGAAAACGGAGGCCGUGUGGCGACUCCAGGUGGAGGCACACGUGGGCUGUCCCAAUCUUUGAUAGCAAACCCUCCUACCAUUUUCAAAAAUGACGCGAACAUAAUGCACACGGAAUUCCAAGGUUGA